AUGGCGGCUCGACACGGGAAACUCUGCGAGUUCAACGCGGGCGUAGAUAAUGUCGAAGACUACAAAGAACGAUUCUUGCUCUAUUGCACGGCAAAUGAAAUCACAGACGACGACAAGAAGAUAGCUGUUCUUCUGACGUCGAUGGGCACAACGACGUACACGUUACUAAAGAAUUUGGUACGACCGGCGGCUCCUCAAAACAAAUCUUUGGAUACGCUCUUCAAGCUAUUGCAGGACCACUAUGAACCGAGAAUUAUCGUCAUCGCAGAGCGUUUUCGCUUUUAUAAGAGAAUGCAGCGGGAAGGCGAGAAUAUUGCUGUUUACAAUAUACAGCAGAAGAUUUUAGCUGAGGCAGAGCUAACGCUGGAAAAGGCUCUGGGGAUUGCACAAGCUGCAGAGACAGCCAGCGCGGAGACACGACACCUCCGUGGGGAGUCGACAGGACACGCAGCUAGCGGACAUUCCAGGACAUUGGAGACGACAUUUGCUGUCAAGAGAGCGACCACAAACAGCCGCAGCCAAUCGGGAUCGUUGCGUACUUUGGAUAAGGCAUGUUAUCGUUGCAGUAAUCAUGGUCAUGACCCAACCAAGUGUAGAUUCAAAAACUACACGUGUCUGUUCUGCAAGACGAAGGGCCAUAUCGCUAAAGCAUGUCGGAAGAAGCAACGAGAUAACGCGAAGGAUAGCACGGAGGGCAAUUGGCGUACAAAAAGGAAACCGAAGACUCAGUCUACAUAUCAAGUAGAUGCAGAAGAUGUAAGCCUCAUUUGUUCUUUGUCUGGUAGGGGCGGGGUCAAGGUGACAAUAGAGGUGGCAGGCAGGAAUGUGGAGAUGGAAGUGGACACUGGAGCUUCCGUGAGUGUUGUACCAACCCAGAUGUAUAAUGAAGUCCUAUCCCAUGUACAGCUGAAAAAGAGCACUGCCCAACUUCAGUCAUAUAGUGGUGAACGAUUGAAGGUGAAAGGAGAAGCUGUUGUACCAAUCAAGUAUGGAAAGCAACAAUCCAUGGAGCGGUUGAUUGUAGUAGAUGUGAGUGAUAAGCCAGCAGUCUUGGGACGAGAUUGGCUGUCAAACCUCAAGCUUGAUUGGGCUUCUCUGUUCAAAGUUGAUAGUGGAGUUUUUGAUGUACCUGAGAAGUAUCCUCAGUUGUUUGCAGAGGGAGUAGGUACUUUGGAAGGCUAUCAAGCCAAGAUAACUUUGUCUGCAGAUGCCAAGCCACAGUUCCAUAGGCCACGCCCAGUGCCUCAUGCCUUGCAACAGAAGGUAGAGGAGGAGCUUAAUCGACUUCAGGAAGAGGGCAUUAUACAGCCAGUGGAAAACAGUGAGUGGGCAGCACCUAUUGUCAUUGUGAGAAAGGCUGAUAAUUCUAUCAGAAUUUGUGGCGAUUACAAGGUAACAAUUAACCCCUACCUGGAGAUGGACAAUUAUCCAAUGCCGAAUGCACAGAACUUGUUUGCAUCGUUAGCAGGAGGACGGUCCUUUACACGUCUAGAUAUGAAACAAGCUUACAUGCAGAUGCGAGUGGAUGCGAGCAGCCAAAGAAUUUGGCAGCGAGCAAUGGACAACGUUCUUACGGGAAUGCCAGGAGUGUCCUGUUAUUUAGACGACAUUCUGAUUGUGGGCCAAUCCGAAGAACAACAUGACGGACGUCUUCAUCAAGUCUUGAAAAGACUGAGUCAAGAGGGACUUCGUCUGAAAAGGGAAAAGUGUGAGUUCAAGAAAACUAGAGUUGAGUACCUUGGUUAUGUUGUGGAUGAGCAUGGACUUAGACCGGCUGAGAAAAAGCUGGCAGCAAUACGACAAGCUCCAGAGCCAAGUAACACAACCGAGCUAAGGGCAUUCUUAGUCCUAUUGAAUUAUUAUGGAAGGUUCUUGCCUAACCUCUCAACCAUGCUACAACCACUGUAUAGUCUGCUACAGAAGAACACAUUGUGGGAAUGGGGUGCAAAACAAGCAAAGGCUUUCCAGCAAGCCAAACAGAAUUUGUUGGAAUCGGAUUUCUUGACGCAUUAUGACUUGGAGAAACCGGUACGUCUUGCUUGCGACGCUUCACUGUAUGGAGUGGGAGCCUGUCUCACACAUGUAAUGUCAGACGGUCGUGAGCAACCAAUCGCUUUUGCUUCACGAACCUUGACCACGGCAGAAAGAGGAUAUGCUCAAUUGGAACGAGAAGCGUUAGCACUCAUCUUUGGAGUGCGACAAUUCCAUAAGUAUUUGGUGGGAAGGUCAUUCACACUUGUAACUGACCAUCGACCACUGUUGAAGAUAUUGGGUCCGAAAGAGGGAGUACCUACUCUAGCAACGGCUCGACUACAGCGUUGGUCACUAAUUCUAAGUGCUUAUCAAUACAACCUGGAAUGCACAUCAGGAGUGAGCAACAAAGAAGCUGAUCUACUUUCGAGACUACCCAUUCCAGUCAACGUAGUGGAUCCCAAUGAGCAAAUCUAUGCUAGUGAUCAUUGUGAGCAGUUACCUGUUACAGCGCAAGAUAUUGCUAAGGAACUGCAGCGAGACUCCAUACUACGACAAUUUUACGAGUACAAUUUGCGUGGAUGGAAGCCUAAUCUUCAAAGCACAGUGUUACAAGAGAUUCACGAAGGUCAUAUUGGCCUCUGUCGAAUGAAAUCUCUGACACGGAGUUUCGUGUGGUGGCCAAGACUAGACCAAGAUCUAGAGGAGGUAGUGAAGACUUGCACAGCAUGUCAGAGUAUACGGAAUAAGCCGGCUCAUGUGAUGUCACAUCCAUGGAUCUACCCAGAUGCACCCUGGACUCGCCUUCAUGUGGAUUUUGCAGAGUUCAAGGGAAAGCAAUACCUUGUGGUAAUUGAUGCAUUUAUCAAGUGGCCGGAAGUCCAUGAGCUUGGAAUACAUGCCACUACGACUCAGACAGUGGAAGCAUUGAGGAGGUCAUUCAGCUGCCAUGGAAUCCCUCAAAGGCUAGUUUCAGAUAGCGGGCCUCAAUUUGUGGCAAGAGAGUUUCAGGACUUUGUGAGAGCGAACGGGAUUAGACAUCAAAGGACACCUCCGUAUCACCCUGCUUCAAAUGGGCAGGCAGAACGUUCGUGCAGGAGCUCAAGAAGUCUCUGA